AUGUUCCCUAUGACGACCGCCGAAAGCGAUUUUGAUCACGGGGUGGCGGAAGAAGGCCAGAAACUCUCGGAUGAUGUCUUCUGGAACGUGGCCAAAGACAACCUUGUAGAUGCCAGAUAUGCAUUUGCGCUUGCUAUAGGCAGUCGGAGCCUCUGGGUAAACCUCGAGAACGAAGUAUAUAGAACAGACGUCCUACGGGCGAAGCGAUACACGGAAGACAACACCAGCGUGAAACACGAGUUCAUGCUGAGGUGUGAAAGAAUUUACAGAUCAUGGGCAGGAGAUUUCGAUCCUGAUGGUGGAAGCUUCCCCGAUGAAGAAGGUUGGGCGCACCCGUGGAUUCAAGAUUCCGAUGACGAAACCAUACAAUCCCCAACAGAACGCUUGCCACCACCCAACAACCAGACGAUCCUGCAACUCGCAGCCGUCUAUGGCAUGACUUCCACAGCAACCAAGGUCGUUGAGGUGGCAAAGCAUGUCUCGAUGGAGUACCUCGAUCUCCAGAAUCCGAUCAAUUUGCAUGGAAGCGUUCAUCUUGCGGCCAUGUACGGCCAUACCGAGAUACUCCGAUUUUUGAAAGAUAGCGGGUGUGACAUGCAGGCCGUCAGUGGCUAUCCAUGCAUGGCCAUGCGACAUUUGAGAAAUGUCCUUCAACACAUCAACCCUGAUAUCGUCUACAUACACGAUGGCUUAUACUUGUUCGACCCGCGCAGGCCAUUUGCCCUCAACGCGUUGGGCCUUGCAAUCCUGCGAGGGCACGUGCAGCCUGCUCGGUUUCUGGUCGAGCUCUACGGCGACUCCAAAGUUGGAUCAUUAGACGAUGAUUACGACACAGAAAGUGAGGAUUUAGAGGAAAGUGUUAAGGCCGAGCGCCUCGGGAACAACGACCAAGAGGACGGCGGUGCAGAGGGCGGGGUUUAG